AUGACCAGCACAGAGAUGGAAGUCGAUGCCGCCGGCUCAGGGCCUGCACAAGAUGAGUCGCCUAUGCAGACACACGGGAAGGCUACUGCGGUGCGGUCUAUUGAGGGGUGGAUUAUCAUCGUGACCAACGUCCACGAGGAAGCCGAUGAAGAGACGAUCCAGGACACGUUUGGCGAGUUUGGCGAAGUGAAGAAUCUCCACUUGAACUUGGAUCGACGGAGCGGUUAUCCCGGACCGCAGACUGACUUGUGGCAGGGUUAUGCUCUGAUCGAGUAUGCGACUUUGGAGGAAGCCCGAGCCGCCAUCGACGGCGCGCACAACACGAAGAUUCUCGACCAGACGAUACAGGUAGACUUUGCCUUUGUUCGGCCGCCGCCGGGCAAGGGAGGACGAGGAGGACGAGGAGCAGGCCGCCGAUCAGGGCGCAGCCGGAGCCGAAGCAGGAGUCCCGAUCACAAGGAUACCGAUGGCGACGUGGAUAUCGAAUAA